AUAAGUGCCCACGAUCCAUCGAUCGAUCGGUCGGUUUUUUGUUACUCGCGUCACGGCGCCGCGACGCCGACUCCGGUACGGCCGAUCUCCCCUCCGAAAUGUAAUUACGCCCUCGAUCGACCCGGCCGGCCAUCAUCCGGCGACCGACUCGAGCGAAAUUGCUUUCGCCGGCCACUUUCUACCCGACGCACUUUUCGCAUUUCGAGGCGCGACUUUCGAAGUUACCCGUUCAUGCGAUAAAAACUUAGAGCUUAGAACCAAAGAGGGGUCGAAUCGGGGGGUCGCUUCCAGCUUCCAAGGGUUGUGAACCAAAGGGGCGUUUACCUAACCCCUUAAGGGUACCUCGAUGUCAAUGCGAAGAUACGUGGAUUUUGCCUCUAUCGAACGUGGCGCAUCGGUUGUGAAACGUGCUCCGACAUAAAUUUUCUUGACAUUCUCUCUCAGAGAUGCACGGGGAGUUGAGUUAAAUCAAUAAUUCCUAGGUACUUUAAUUAGAUCGAAACGAAAGCUACUCAAAUGACUGGAACCCCCUGAUACCGGAACGACGAUCCUAUCAGUGCAACAACUUCUUCCUAGGAUACGUUGAGUGACAUUCGCGUUGCCGUUUACCCGUGUACACGCAUUAGAAUCUAGUGAGGUGAUAAAAAUAUACAAAAGCUGCCCCGAGCACCCGAAGGCUUUUAGAUCUCCGGAAAACUCGCGCGAGAAGAGGGACGUCGAAAAUGCGACCUCGGUUCCGAUUUCCCCGCGCAAGAAACGUGGCGAUGGAAGCACGUCAGCCAGACUCGCCCUGAAAGCAUCUGGAAAACAAGGAAGACACUUUGGAGACGAGAGACGGUGUCUAGGUUGACGUUUUGCCAAGUUCGAAGUCGCGACGCCAGGUUUACGUAAUCCACAUAGCGGCCGAUUAUUCGACGAGUCUCUUCGGGAUGACCGCUUCAAACGGGAGACAAUAGACAGCCCCGAAGUAGGAAACAAUCCGGGGAUCAGCUCGGAAAAGCGACACCUCCGCAAAAACCAGAAUCCUACUCAGUCCCCACGAUAUCCGUGGAUUUCGUUCCGAGGUUACGCAACGAGGAAAUUCCGAGGAGCCACGUCAUCCGUCGUCUUUUACGAGCGUCGUCGUUAGGGCGAUAAACCAGAAAGGAGCCAGCUAAAGGCCUUAACGACAGCCAUGAAGAACGUGCAUCCUCUCAUCACGGCCACCACUUCGAACCCGGCAAGCCGAUCGACGUCUCUGAUCGAAGAGACCGAUCCCAUCAUCAGAUUGAGGCUGGACAAACCUCUACAUUGGGACUGGGAGCUGACGACAACGGCGGACACGUUCCCAGUUGUCCAGCUGCUGGACAAAGAUGGGAGGCUCCUGGUAGAGACGACUGGUCGCACCGCCCAAAGAGCCAGGGGGUCCUUCAAAGACGGUCUGAAGACGCUAGAGAAGUUCCCCAAAGUGGAAACCAGCUCUCAUGUCAAGGUCGACGUCGCUCCUCAGGGUAACCGCAACAUGGAGGGGUUCAGCACGAAGUUCGGCAGCUGUCAAUUUGGGUACAAGCCUAGGAAGUCUAGGAGCGAGGCCACGGUGACCUCCAGAGAGGGGAAAGACAGGAGGGUGAAGAAGAGGCACUCUUCGGGGGUGGAGGUGGCGAAGAGCCUGGAGGACGAAGGAUCGGCUCAGGGGAACACCUUGAAGAGGUACUCCACCGGGGAGUACUUGCGUCAGCAGAUCGUCGACGGUCUUCGGAGUGGGUCCAUCGGCAGGUCCCCCGAAGAGAUCGCUGAAGAAAGGUGCCGGAGGGUGAAGGUGUACCUGAGGAGUCAGAGCGAGGUGGCUUCGUUGUCGAGAGACGAAGAUGACGGAGGAGCCGAGGAGGUGGGAGAGAAGAGAGCCAGGCGUGAGAAUGACCAGGUGGAUGGAAAGGGGAGGACUAGACGGGAGGACCUGGAGCAGAUAAAGAAGUUCCUGAGGGAGAGGAUCAAGGAGAGCAUGGUGAGGGAAAAGUUGCGAUCCAGCGGAUCCCAGCCGGUGAUCGGCGCGGAGAAGGCAAAGAAGAGGCUGAAGGAGAUUCAGGAGAAGUACUCGGAGGACGACGGACAUUUUCGUCGACCUAGAAAAGCUCGCAGCGAAGCUAGCAUCGGGGUCGACCCUGAGAUAAACCAAGGAGAAGAAACUAGAAACGACCUACGGGAGUCGAAUUCCAAAAUUUAUGACGAGACGUACGUUAAGGUACAGCAUAAAUCGGAAAACGACAUCCUCGAAGAGGGUGCCAUUGAGGGGAGGUCACGGUCCCACGGGUUCCAGUUGCCGGGGAAUUCAGAAAGGGCGAAAGAGAAACUGAAGGAGAUCAGGAAGAGGUAUUCGGAGCAGACCAGGAGCAUCAGAGACACCCACCGACCCAGGAAGGUGCGCAGCGAAGCGAGCAUUCGAUUCGACCCCGAGGUAGAUGAGCGGGAAAGGAGUAAAACCGGGCUGCGGAAACACGAAUCCUCGGGAUUUGCAGAAGCAUCGUCGAGGUCGCGGCGAGGUUCGAGAGGCGAGGUCCUCGAGGAGCCCCCGAGUCCUGGCCAGAGGGUCGUAAAGAGGAGCUCCACCGGAUCCGACCGGCGGAAGGUCUAUCGGAAGACGAAGAGCGACGUUCUGCUGAGCCACAUGGAAAGCAGCCUAGAUUCCGAAAUGGACUCCCGAGGAACACCCAGGAGGAUCAAGAGUCAAGAGAAUUUGGAGCGCUCCUGGAAGGAGUACAAACAGAGGAAAAAGUACGAGAGGCUCCACAAGGAUGGGGAGGCAGCCGUCGCCGAGGAGGACUUCAUGGUCAAGCCCAGGUGGAAGGACUUCCAGAACGAUUCCUGUCCCGUGAGGAACUGCAAGGUCUGCCAGAACCGAAUGAAUUGCACGAAUCCCCUCGAACUUCCUCCCAGUGCAAAAGAAACGAUCCACCAGGACGUUCGGGAACCUCGGGAGCAAACGAACGACGUGCCACCAAAGAACUCGAUCAUCUCGAAGCUUCGCGUGGACGGAUGCAAAGCCGAAGAAGAAGACCUCAAGCCGUUGUCUUUGGACUGCGGCUACAAUUCCGUCUCCAAAAACCCCGAGAAGGACUUCAAUGAGCUCUACGCGCAUUCUAACGUGAAGAAGAGCGACACCUUCAAGAUCGUUGACGGGAGCGAAGACGUCGAAGAUCCCUGCGAUCGAUCCGGGGAUCCCAAGACCGUCCUCAAUGACGAUCUUUCUUCCUCCCAGGAGACCAGCUGGUUCCUGACGGAUCAAACCAACGAAGACAUAACGAAGGAUUACUUCAAGCGCGUGUACGAGCUCCUGAAGCGCCGACAAGAGGAGGCGAGGAAGAUCGCGGAGGGACGUAAUUCCGUGAUUUGUGACGACACCUCCUCGUCGACCUACCCGGAAGACGAGCAGCCGAAACGCCGAAGGCGCAGGAAGAAGGACAACAGCCCCCAAGGUAAAGAAGCAGUGGCCGUGGGGCCAGCUGCAGGUGUCCACGAUAACUGGACGGUCCAGCGAGUCCUGGUUGCCAACGACUCGACCAGUCCUCGAUUUCGUCGUCCACAGCUUCAAGCAGUGGCCGGGACGAAGCGUCUUCGUCCUCCGGCCCCGGCUCCUCCGGCCGCCUGCAGAGUCAAUGCCAAAGACAUCAGCAAGUACUUCAGCUCCCCGAAUAAGGAGAACAGGCCGCACCAUGGUGUGAACGAGAGCAUCCUGAUCGAGGACGCCGAAGCCCGGCCCGAGGAGGACAUGGGUUCCAAUCUCAGUAGACACAACGGCAAAGGACUGACAGGUCGCAGGACCCAGUCUUCCGGAAACCUCUGUGAUCCCAAGGGGAAAUUGAACACCGUCGGGAAGAUCCUGGUCCCGUGUUCCAGCUCGCAGAAGGAAAGGUACAAACUGUGCGGAUCCUUGCCCAAUCACCUGGACGACAAGGAUGGGAUGGACGAAGACCCUGGAGAAAACAACAACGUGAUACAAGACACGAUCGGCGGGAGUCUUGGUGGAACUUUGCCCCACAAAAAGCGGUCCCUUGGCGUGCACUUUUCGGAUGAUGGACCAACGGGUGCUCUGGACCUCGUCAAGCACAGAUCCCAGGAUGACUUCGACGACCAAGACCCUUGGAGGUACCAGCAGAGCAGCGACCUCGAUCUAGUCAGAUGCAAGCACGGCAACUUCGACCUAGUCACCAGGAAUCAAAACACCGCCACAUUGGACAGCAAUUCGAGCAAGAAGUACUCGCGUUGUCAGUCGGUGGACGAGAGAUGUCGACGUAGCUCUGACCUGGACCUGGUCGGCACCUUGCCGAAGAGAAACCCGAAUGCCAAGGGCAACACUAAGGUCCUGGAGACCAACUUCCACCAGCAGUGCAACGUCAACGACAUCGACGAAGACCUGCUGCUGAAGCUGGUCCACAAGCCCGACUGCGAGCUAGUGAAGCACCGCCAACUAAAUAAGUGUCUCGAUCUGAAGCUGAGCAAACUCGGAGGUGGCGAACCACAGGAUCAAGGAUACGCCUCGGAACGCUCCCCCGAAGACGAACAUCCUCCGUCGUUGCCGGGACAGCCGUUCCCCAACAUCACCCCUGAGAACACGUUCCGGGUCGUCCUGCAGAAGAGUAGCCGAGGACUGGGAUUAAGCGUCUCCGGGGGUGGCACCGCUGGACCAGUCAGGGUGAAAAGGCUCUUCCCGCAGCAGCCGGCGGCCCUCUCGAACAAACUUCAACCCGGCGACAUCCUCCUGGCUGCGAAUGGAAUCCCGCUAACUGGACUCACCAAUUAUGGGGCCCUCGAAGUGCUGCGAACCACCUCGAACACGGUCGAGUUGGUGGUGUGCCGACUUCCAGGGGAGACCAGUGUGACACCCCCGGGGGUGCCUCCACCCCCACCUGUGAGGAGCGAGCCCCCGCCACCCCUGAGGAUCCUCAACCCCCUGCCGCCUCUGCAGAUCGAACCCUGUGGGGAAUUCGACAUCGAGAUGACUAAGGUCGCUGGCAGCCUGGGCUUCACCCUGAGGAAGGCCGACAGCAGUGCCCUGGGCCACUAUGUCCGGGCCCUGGUAAGGGAACCGGCUCUCAGCGAUGGCAGGAUCCAGCCUGGUGACAAAAUCGUCGCUGUCGAUGGUGCACCCCUGUCUCCGAUGAGCCACGAAGAAGCCGUUGCUCUCCUCAGGCAGUGUGGACCAAAGGUGAAGCUUCGCCUUUAUCGCGACCUGGCGCAAACCCCGGUGUCGGCGUUGUCGCCCACCGAACCUGAUCAUCCACUCCGUCCACCUCGAACCUGCCUAAGGCAAGAAGCAGUAGACAUGCUCUGUGAUCUCGCUGUCCGCAAGUUGUCGCCAGGAACUUCCAGCGGGUCCAGCUGCAAACAGUCUCCAGGAACAUCCGGCAGUUCACCGAGAAGACUCCGGAGACCCCCCACUCGUACAUCCACCGUCGAAGACGAGCAAGACCCAAACCAGAAGUACUACGUCACGCAAGUAUCGACUACGAGCCAGGCGGACACUUCCGACUCGGACCAGUGUUCGAUCAAGACCCAAAUAACGAAUUCCCAGCCGAACACGCCAGCCAACGACAUAAUCGACCCUCCACCCCUCUACGACGUCUGCGAUUCGAGCGACUCUAAGCCGUCAAGACCGAAUUUCCUGGACCUUGCCGCCCCGCAGGACAAGCCGCACUUCCAGUUCAGCUUGGAUUCCGAUUCCGAAUGCACUGGGCCAGUAAUCAUUACGGAAAGUGACUCGAAUUUCGGAACCGAAGCCGAAGGCGAGGACCUGGCCAGGGAUGCCCCAGGUCUGUCCAGCGACGAGCAGGACACCAACCUCCCCUCCGAGCCGGCCUCUAUGCCGCCUCUUCUGCCCUCGACCAAUCCUGCCAGCACUGCCUUCAGCUACAAGAAUCCCGCUUAUCAGAGCGCUAACCCUGCCUGCGGGGUCGCCGAUAACAGUGCCAAGAACAAGAACACCCAUUCCAGCGACCAGGACAUCCCAGGAAAAGUUCUGGGGGCGGAUGAUCCAGGAGGCAGCAAAGGAUUGCUCAAAUGGAAAGGUGUGAUGUUCACUCCCAGUGACGGCAUAGGUGAGGUGAGAAAAGCUGAGGAGGCUUCUGGCAAAGGUACCACGGAUUCGGCUACUUCACCCGGCAACCAUGAUCAGGAAAGCGAGGUGUUCAUGGUGGAACUGACCAGAGGAUGGAACAGUCGAUUAGGAUUCAGCUUGCAGCCGGAAGGUAAUCGCACGGUAAUAUCCGUGGUACAUGCCGAUAGUGUCGCGGCAAAGGAUGGCCGGCUUAAACAGGGUGACGUGUUAAUUAUGGUUAACGACGAGAGCGUGGAGGAGAUGUCGACUGCCGAGAUAAUAGACUUGCUGCGAAAAAUCCGGGGUUCCAUAGGGAUCACCGUGAUGAGAAGAAAAACGAAGAAGGACAACGCAAACGUAACGUGAUGUUAGAUUGAACCCGAAGUCGGGCACCGAAAGUGGCCCUGUACAAGAAGUGGCGAGUCAUGAGUUAUUCUUCGUUAGCAAGAAGAGAAGGACGUUGAAGAAUUUCCUCCUGCUAGGAAAGUUACGUACGAAACCGUUGGAUCACGCGACCGCCUUUUUCUCUGGACAUUGUUCCUCGUGUGUCUCCGUAAUCGAAACGGAAGAGCGAUCAUUGAAACCCGUGCCAGAUUCACUUAACCGUUAAUAGUUAUAAAGCGGUGCCGCAGAGUUUUAAUUAACGCUGAACAUUUACAUCUGUACAUAUGAAUGUACAUACACGUAUGUCUAGAUUUCCGAAAGAUCCCGCGAAAGACAUCGUCAAGUUGUUAGAAGUACGACUCCUAGUCCACAUUGAUUUCCGGAAGUAAGUGACACCCCGAUUAUCGUUCCUUCUCAUGGAAGCAUCAAGAUACAUUCCCCUACCCGAGGGAAUGAACUCCAAACAUUUGUCCUCUGAAAAUUAGCUGGACAUUAGACACGCCUUCGUCCUCGUUCUAGCUAUAAGCAGCGUGUACACAAUCAUGCCGAGAAAUGCCAUUUACCUGAAGCGUUCCAUCUCGUUCCCCCCAUCGACCCAAGUACGAGUGCAAUUACUCCCGGAGAUUAGUUCCCUCUGACAUCGGAGGACAAAUUAAACGGAAAAUGAGAAUAGAAGCGGAGAUAGAGCUCCGCGUAAAUCUUAAAUACACCCCCACGUAUAUUCCGAGCUAAGCGCGCUAAGGAGAACUGAAUAAUCAAAGAGUCAAUCAAAAGAUACAUUGUAAAUACAUAGCACGAGAAUUUAUGCAGGCGGACCGUUGUAAAUUACGUCCCAGAGAAUACUCGGUGGAAUUAACGUCGAAUUUAAUUUUUUAUACCAGAGACAUCGAGUUAUCGUGUGCGUGGACGCGCGCUCUAUAAUUGAUAAUAUACACCGCCCGAGGCGAGCGAAAAUCAAGUGUAACGUUAACUCGCGUUGAACAUAUCCUCUUGCAGUUACAGGUAGAAGUACAGGAUAGGUGGAGAUUUAAUAUUUUAUGCUAUGUACAUUUAGGGAAAUAACUUGUGUGCGCGUUAUGCGGAGCCGGUUACGUUUACCGGCUCCGUGAUUUACGUAUAACGUCGAGGAUAAUCCACGUGUACAAUUGCGCGAUUACUAGGACGCAGCCUGUAACGAUCGUUUCACCGUCGACGGAAGGUUUUUCGUUAUAUUUAUACUUUAGAAUUCCAUUUUACCCUCGUUUCGCGGGAGCACGUGGAUCGUGUGUAGUCUUUAAACGCUUUUCUCGCACGACGUCCAAUUAUCGCGAUAAUGGCCGCGUAAUUAGGCCUAACGUGUACGUUGAUGGUAUCGUCGCGUCUUCGACGAUUUUUUGAAGAUGUGAACGUACUCCCAACGCUGGCUGUUCAUUUCGAAAUACACCUAGGAUUUAAUCACUUAAUAAAUACUUGGACGUAGUGAUGCGAAUAUUCCUAAUGAGCGGAGACGAUUAUUAAAACCAGGAACGACUAUUGCGACCGAAUCAAGAGUACUCUAUUAAGAAUUAUCGGCGGAGAUAUAGCGUUUAAUAUAGUAUGCGAAUAAAUGUGAUAGCUAGGUCUAUUAGCGUGUUAGGACUUUCAAAACUCUAAUGAACGUUAGCGCCUGUCAAUAAAGGAAUUAUAAAAGAUAAAUCAGAUAAAGAAUACCAAAGUAACGUUUAAGUAAUGUCAAAGACAGCUGUUUUGAUGUUGCACUGUGCUUAUUAAAUUAUUGUUGAUGCCUGUUAUCGAGGGAACCUGAUUUAUGGGACUAAUGUAAAUUCAUGCGAUCGUCGUCAAUAUAUAGCCACGGUUGGUCCUCUGUGUGGCUACAAUGUUGUAAUCUGUUAAUAAAGUCAACCGUCUUUGAUAACUAUGCCGGUGUU